UCGGUCAGUGUGACAAAUGACGUCAUUUAUGCCAAUUUGUAUUUGGUAGAAUUUCGCUUUUUCUAAUUUUAAUGAAAUUAAAUUAUUAAAAAAUGAGUGCGGAUGAUGAAAUGCUGUGUGAGCCAACCCUGAGGAAUAUCAUCGAACAGACAUCCCUGAAAUGGAUCUUUGUGGGUGGAAAGGGUGGAGUUGGCAAGACGACGUGCAGCUGCAGCCUGGCCAUUCAGUUGUCACGUGUCCGGGAGUCUGUCCUGAUCAUCUCUACGGAUCCUGCACACAAUAUCUCCGAUGCACUGGAUCAGAAGUUCUCCAAAGUCCCCACGAAGGUGCGUGGCUUUGAGAAUCUCUUUGCAAUGGAAAUUGACCCGAAUGUGGGCCUUAAUGAGCUUCCUGAGGAAUACUUUGAGGGUGACAAUGAGGCCCUAAAACUCGGCAAGGGUGUCCUCCAUGACAUUCUAGGUGCCCUUCCGGGAAUUGAUGAAGCCAUGAGCUAUGCCGAAGUAAUGAAGCUGGUGAAGGCGAUGAAUUUCUCAGUUGUUGUCUUCGAUACAGCCCCCACGGGGCACACACUGCGCCUUCUCUCCUUCCCGCAGGUGGUGGAGAAGGGACUGGGGAAGAUUCUAAAGAUAAAAAUGAAGAUUUCACCAUUCCUCACGCAACUGAGUGGACUCUUUGGGCUGCAGGACUUCAAUGCGGAUAGUUUCACGACAAAACUCGAGGAGAUGCUCACCAUCAUACGGCAGGUGAAUCAGCAAUUCCGCAAUCCCGAUCAGACAACCUUCGUGUGCGUCUGCAUUGCGGAAUUCCUGUCACUCUAUGAGACCGAGAGGCUCAUCCAGGAGCUGACCAAGUGCGAAAUUGACACGCACAACAUCAUCGUGAAUCAGCUCCUCUUCCGACCGCCCAACAGUCAACCGUGCAAAAUGUGUGCGGCACGCUUUAAGGUGCAGGAGAAGUAUCUGGAUCAGAUUGCUGAUCUCUACGAGGACUUCCACGUGGUGAAGCUACCGCUGCUCGAGGCGGAAGUACGUGGGGCAGAAAAUGUUGCGGCUUUCUCAAAAAAUCUCCUUACACCCUACGAAGCUAAAUAAUUUAUGCAUUUAUCUGCAGCAAGGUUCUGGGGGUUUUCUUAUCUCUUCUAAAUUUUUUUUUUUGCAUUCAAAGAGAAUAUAAAUUAAUAAAAAAAAUCCCUUUAAUUGCA